UCGUAUCCAUCGUUCCUGCACUCAGACUUAGUACUCGUAUCCCAACAGGCGACACGGCCCCAUGGAUCCUUCCGCGCGUCAGUCGGUGCAGCGAAUCGCCACCGUGACAGUGACACACACCCUGCGAAAGCGCCUUUCAGAACGUGCCUCGCAGGGCUUCUUAUCCGGCCUGUGCCCAACUGAGCUCCUCGACGUGACAUGACUCAGCGGGAAAUACAUAGCCCUUCACGUCGCCGUCGAGAUGACUCACGCCGGCGCUGGCUGCGCAACAAUGCGCAAAGCCAAAAGUCGUGGUGAGCGUCUAGGAAGGACUGGAGCCACGAAGCCAAGCCUUGGUCGUGCAAAGAAAGACACGGGUAUUUGAAGGGACGAGGUGCGGCGGCUGUGGACAGCGUCAAGAUCGCAGAUGACCACCACCCUCCCCUCCCUGCCUCGUUCUGGCCGAGAGACCGACCUCGCCGCAGCCCGUCCAGCUCCAACACCUGUCAUCAUCUUCCAGCAGCAGCCACUUGUCGAGUUCAAGCCUCUUGCCGUGGCCGACGUGGCGACAAGUCUCAUCCAUGGCGACAGCGUGCGAUCAUGGCCCGCCGACAAGUGCGCUCCCGUUGGAGCCACCGUCAUCGUUCGACACUGCCCUCUGCCUGCUGCCCCCGAGUCACCUAUGGCCACGUCUCGACCGUGUCCGGAGCCUCUACGAUCCGGCAUAUGCGAAAUGGCCGCCUCAUGUGAAUCUCAUUUAUCCGUUUGUGCCGCCAGAGCGACUCCCCGGUGUAGCGCAGCUCUUGUCAGAGGCGCACCUCGACAACAUCAGCGUGAGCCUGUCUAGCGCAGAUGCCUUCAUUCAUAGGAAGCACAACUCCGUCAUCCUUCGUCCCGCCAAGCCUGAUGCUGUCUCGUGCCUUCGCACUCAGGUCUGUGACGCCUUGGGCUGGGCGCCAGGCGAUGCCUACCAGCCUCAUAUGACUAUCGGCCAGACCACGGACGCUCAGUCGGAUGCUCACCGCUUCCUGCUUGAAAAGGCCCAGUUGCUGGCACCCGUCGCCUGGGACGUCACAUGGCUUGGCAUCAUGAUACGGGAACCCUCAUCGCGGCGCAUGACGCCUUGGGCCCAGCUCCACCUCAACCCACCUCGUCUGCAGCGCCCGGCUCAAGUCCUCGGUCUCACGGCCCCCGUCCCGGAUUCCGAGAAAGGAAGCAGUUGGGCGGCCGUUCAGUCACAGACCACAUACCACUUCCAAUCUACUGAGCGUGAGUGGGCGCCGCUCUCGAUCGGUGCUCAUACCGCCACCGGGGAAGACCGAAGCUUGGUCGUUGCUUCCUACAAUGUUCUAGCUGAGUUUCAAUGGCCCCCGAGCUCAUCGCGCUACCCGGAUCUCAUCAGAAAUAUCCUCUCUGCGAAAGCCGUUGCAGACAUUCUCGUUCUCCAAGAAGUCACGGACCACUUCCUGCCGUCUCUCCUCCACAACAGCCAGAUUUCUGCGCGCUAUCCAUUCUCAACCCACGGCCCUGCCCUGUUCGGCCCACUCCCCAGUCAUCUCAAUCUUGUCGUCUUGAGCCGGUUCCCCUUUCGCUGGGAGUACCUUCAGUUCCAGCGAAAGCACAAGGGUGCCGCCAUCCUGUCCUUUCCCACUCUUGACUCUCACACACAGAAUGAAGCCCGGAUGCCGCUCAUUCUGGCAGCCUGCCACUUGACUCAAGGGUUAGCUGACGGAGCUGUGGUAGCCAAGAGAAUCGAGUUGCAAAAGCUUCUAAAGCACCUCUCGGACCGCUACCACGCCCAUCCGCUGAUCGUCGCUGGCGACUUCAACAUUGUUACGUCCUCGUACACUGUUGACUCGGCCCGACAAAGGCAAGACCUAUCCUGCCACGGGCUCCAAAGUCUUGCCGAGAUCCAAUCUCUAUUCACCGAGGUCGGGCUCGAAGAUGCCUGGCUACUUACCAGGCUAAGCAUGGGAGAGUCCUCAAGCGCUGAUCGAGAUCUCAUGACACCACAAGAUCUGCAUGAGGGCGAAGAGGGCGCAACUUUUAAUCCACGUACAAACCAGCUAGCUGCGCGAUCGGUUGGCAGUGGAACAAACAAUAGACCGCAGAGAUAUGACCGAAUCAUGGUCAGCUCCAGUCUGGCGCUACGCCCAUGUGGUUUCAACAUGUUUGGAGACACCUGCCCAGAGGCAAGUGACCACUGGGGCAUUCGCUGUCUCCUUCAGCGUCCAGUGGCUGACCGGCCAGCGGCCCAAGCAUUUUCUGCCCGGCCUGUUCCUGUCCGUUUGGUCAGAUCGCCAGCCACCCUUGGUGGUGCCAAUGAGAUUAAAGACGCACUGUCCUCCCAGGGCUCCUUACCUGGCGAUGCAGAGGAGAUACUUCGACAAGAAGCGAUCGCACUGCUUGAAGGGGUUUUGCAGGCCAAGGACUCCCAAAACUCAGAAGAGGACGCACAGCCAAUGACCACAUUGGUGCUUGUCCCCGUCGGCUCAUUUGGACUGGGCGUAUGGACGCCGUCGUCGGAUAUGGAUUGCCUAUGCAUCGGGAGCAUGUCUUCCAAGGUUUUCUUCGCCGUCGCUUCGCAGAGGCUCAGAAAGGCAGCAUCACAAGGUGUGAAGAUCCUGCGGCGUGUGAAGGCCAACACAGGCACGAUGCUUGAGCUUGAUGUACUGGGGAUCAAGUUUGAUCUUCAGUACUGUGCCGCGGGCGCUAUAGCCAACAGCUGUCCCGACAUCUUCAAGCGCCCGCCUUCAGAUCCCGCAUUCGUACUGUCGAUGCAGACCCUCGCCAAGCUGAAACCCGCAAGAGACCUUUACUAUCUUCGGAGAUCCAUACCUGAUAUGGCUCAGUAUCGCCUUGCGCACCUCGUUAUCAAGGAGUGGGCCAAGUCGCGGGGCCUGUAUGCAUCGAGAUUUGGCCUGCUAGGGGGCAUCCACAUAACAGCAAUGCUUGUACCCGUUCACAAGGUUUUGGCCGCCACACACGGUCCAUUGUCUACAGCCGACCUGGUCAUGUCCUUCUUCCAUCACUAUGCUAACUUUGACUGGGAGUCCAACUGUAUUUUCGACACUCACUUUCAUAAGGAUCUGAAGUAUCGGCGCACACCUCGGGAGCCACUUUGCCUGCUAGGUUGGCAUGGGCCCUCUCUCAAUACCUCUUCAAACGCAUCGAGACCAACAGUACACAGCAUAUCCUUCGAACUCAAGCGCGCCAAUCGACUUCUGUCGGAAGAGGGGAUGACAUGGGCUAGCUUCCUGAAGCAGGAGACUCGACAGCUUCCGAUCAGGCUACAUUCGCACGCUGCAGGCGAGUUUAUUCUGCGAUACAAAAGCUACGUGAAAAUUGAUGCCCGCUAUUGGGGCUCGUCGCAAAGCAAAGGCAGACGCUAUUUCGGAUGGCUCGAGUCCCGUUUUGUUAAUCUUCUAGUUGACCUCGAUCGCAAGGUUCCCGCUCUUAGAGCUCGAGUUUGGCCGGAGAUUUUUACCGACAGGACAUGCAGCACUUCGACUACGACAGAGCGCGACGGAUGUUACCUGAUUGGUCUUGAGUGGCGCGACAGCGACAUUGCCGACGUGCGGAAGGAACAGUCACGGGACACCAAGCGCCUGCUUGGAGCAGUGCUUCGAGACUUUGAGGCCCGAGUACAAGGGGACGAAAAGUACUACGACAAAGAUUGCUGUUGGGUGCUGGUGUCAGAAGCCGACGGGAAGGGGGUGCGUGACUUGCAACUAGAAUCGACUGGCGCCAGCCAUGACGCGUGCGGUGAUACAGACUCGGAGGGAGAUUCUGACAGCGAAACUGAUGAGGAUGCUGAGCGCUGCAGGAAUGAGCAGCACCAGAGCAUGCGAGUUAGUGGUGGAGGCAAACUGGAAAUGCUCCAGCCCCAGCAGGCGACAAAGGGGCCGACCAGCCGUGGCAAGCUUCGAUCAGCAUCCGAUGUCAUGAACCGACUACGCUGGGACACUGCCAUGGACCCUGGAGACUACAUUGUAGGCUACGAGGAUCGAUUCACGGGGGCCAGAGAGAAGCCGCUGGUACAGUGGAAGUCUGAACAGACAGACGAGGAGUUUAUCCCGCAACAUCGGAUUCUCUAUUUCAGGUGUAGUAGCACCGGAAACGUCAUCUGGGAACGACGGACGCGGUUAGAUCAUGUAUUUGGCAGUGGAGCUGGCUCACACAGCAGUAUCUAGCCCGUUCAUUUCAUUUUCCUUACGGCAGACGGGGCGAGCAAUAGGACGGCAUGUGAACGAAUGCCCACAUGGUGGUGCUCCGCUCGCCAAGUGGCCCCUUUCUUCGGCUCUCAGCCAGAUUAGCUGUACAAGACACCGGUUUCUCAGCCCGGUUGUUUGAAGGUGACGUAAAAUAACAGCUACUGCAACUCAAUUACAUGGCCGAGAGGAACCAACCCCGUCGAGGAAAGCCACUCAGCAGAGGGAACCCCGUGUUUGCUAUCAGACGGAGAGUGGACAGCUCGAGACUGGAGUAGCCGCCUGAGGGGGGAAACGACAGGCCCUCUCCAGGACAGAAGCAGCGACUUUCAGGCAAGUGCUGACCACCUGUUCCGUCAAGGAAGGCCGCUCUACCACUCGUUGGGUUGUGAUUAUUUGGCGAACGCUCACCCUGUCUCAUGACGAGAGGCUGAGGAAGACGGCUGCGAUGGCCGACUUGUCGUACUUGACGUACUUGCCCUUUCCUUUGUCAAUUUCAUGAUACCGGUCCCAAAAUCGGUCGUACAGCGGUUGCAGCUUUUGGCGAAUGUCUUCGCCGAACAUGGAUCGCACCUCACGCUCCAUGUGGUAGGACCGGUGCUUGGAGACCAUGUCAUCAAAGGCGCUAUUGAACUGGGAAAACUUCUCUUUGAUCUUAUCCUUGUCUUUACUGCUCAGGCCCUUAACCACAGACGCAGAGUCUGCCUGUCCGGAUGUCGGUCGCUGCGUACGGUUGGUGUGAAUGGUAUCAAAAAGAUAGACCGAGAGAUCUUUGCAGAUGUCAGUGUAGGAUGCAGUGGCCUUUUUGCGCCACUGGUCGAGCAGAUCAAGCCGCGGCUCCAGCAGGGCGUGAAGUUCAGAGUCUACAAUGGCUCGCUGGAUGAUGAUGAUAUUGUUGGCAAUGAAGACACCAACGAGUGACUUGGCCCGGAGGACAGCGCGUGCUUUCUGGUCCAAAGCGGAGAGCAGGGCGUCAAUGGUAUCCAGGCAGUAGCGCGAAAACAGGUCCUCGCCGUCCGCGCCAAUAUCGAAGGAAGCUAGGCUGGGGAUUGCAUUUGUAGAGCGACCGCUUUGGCUUGUAUUGGCCUUCCAGCCUCCGUCACCUAGAGAGAUCAUGAUGCCUGAAAUUGGUCGCAAGAACUCCACCAUGGCCUGCAGGCGCUGCAUAACCUCUGAUACUAUGGGCGUUGGAGCGCCGUCAGAAGGCAAUCCCUGUAGGCUGCUGACUUUGCGCCUGGUCUCUUCGAGCAGCUCGGAAAGAGAGGACUUGGCGGUCUCGCGAAUAGGCUUCAGAACAGCAGCCAGU